AUGUCUAUCCGAUUGAUCAACCCGCCUGAUGUCCCCCCUCCACGCCCGACAUAUUCCCACGUUCAACUCACGCCUCUCUCGGCCACAAGCACUUUGGUUACAAUCGCAGGCCAGGUCGGCGUUGAUCCCAAGACUAAAACCACACCCCCAUCCUUCAUCGCGCAGGUCGAGACCGCGCUGGCAAACCUGGGCAGAUGUUUAGCGGCCGUGGGCGCUACGCCCGCCGACAUCGUCAAGAUGACCCAGUUCGUGGUCAACCUGGAUCCCACCGACACGUCGCGGUCCGAGGCUUAUUCCAAGUUCUUGGGUGAUCACCGCCCGCCGAGCACGCUGGUGGGUGUUGCGGCGCUGGCUACGCCGGAAUGGUUGUAUGAGGUCGAGGCUAUGGCUAUUGUACAUCAGAAGUGA